AUGCUUUUCUACUUUCCGACUCUUCUUCAACUGACGCCCUACCUCUGCGCCGGCGGACUCCUGAUCCACUCGAACAGGCCGAUCGUGCUGCGUGGCCCACCGGGCUCGGGCAAGACCCAGCUGGCCAGGGCCAUUUGCCUGGCACAGGCUCGUACCGACCGGUCGCUGGCUCGAACCCCCGCCACGGGACCACGAGAACGUGUGGCCUGGCGAUGCGACUCACCGGAGACCCUCACAAAUCCGACCCGUCCGAAGAGACGAUCUGACUGGCGCGCCCCUCCUCUCGACUCAAGGGCUACCGGUACUUGGCCGCCUCGCCUCCGCGUGGUCGCGACCACCAUCAACAACGUCAAUAUCAACAAAAUGGGAUCUUGCAGGGCCACCACCCUCGUGGAUGUCACACAUCCUCCACCCGGUGGCCCGGCCACCCUGGGCCAGGCGAUCGUGUCUCUCGCCAUGCUCGAAGACACGACGACACCUACCUCGACACGUUCGGCCGUGAUGAUCGAGGAUAUCCACAUAGCAACAGCAAAUGCUGAUUACCCAGCUCAGUCGUGGAGUAUGCAGUUAUUUGGCAUCAUCCAUUAA